AAACGGGGUGCGAACAGAGCUCGGGAGUCUACAAAAUUACGUUGUCAUAACGAUAAAUCGGGACGUUGUGGUAGCCAUUUGACAACGUUUAAACGACGUUGUAACAACGGCAAAUUGUUAGCUGGGAGGACACAUCUUGAAUCAUAUGAAAGUUGUUGAAACAGUUUUGACUCUGGUUCUUGAUGAGUGAUGACCUUGCCUUUUAUUCAUAUUUUCCGUCUCGCCAUGACGUUUCGGCGGUCGCCGCCGCUGCUGGGACAUUCACCACUUCUGCUGGUGCUGCUAGUACUCCCUCUGUCCAGUCAGACGGCUGCCUCAUCGGACCCUCUCCCAUCCGACCUCGCCGGCCUGUCCGAGCUGUUGACGGCACGGUACGCCCCCAACUCUACCUGGACAGAAUCGGCCGUGACGCGUCUGGCGACCGCCGUCCAGCGUGCUGUCACCUGUGACGCUGCGUCCUGCGGCUCCCCGCCCACCGGCUGUGUGCCGGCGGAGAGUCUGUUGGACGGACUCGGUCCCGAUACGGUCACCCUGGAGCGGCUGUGUCCGAUGGUGUUACACCAGGCGCAGCAGCCGGGAUGUCUGGCGCGGCUGGCGAAGCGCGAGGCGCCCGCCAAGCGCAGCCGUCCGUCGCCGGCGGAGGUCUGGGGAUAUGGUGUGCUGUUCGUCACCGUCAUCAGCUUGUCAUCCAUCUUCGCCGUGCUGCUGCUGCCGCUGCUGGGACGCGUCAACUUUGAGCGGCUGAUGCCGGGCCUGAUCGGACUGGCGGUCGGCUCGCUGUCGUCCAGUGCGCUCUUCCACCUCAUACCGCAGGCGUUUGGAAUGGUGGUAGAGGGUGCCGGCCACGGGUACCUGAACACGUCACUAUGUGUGCUGGCCGGAGCCUGGUUCUUCUUCAUGAUAGAGAGGUUGAUGAAGAUAACGCUCGACUUCAAAAAGCGCCGGUCAUCUGCUGAUGGGGACGAACCACGCCUUGACUCAGUGCUGGAGUCGCCCGGGACGCGCGGCCCGUGCAGCAGCCCCUCCAGCAGCACUGUGGGCGACCCGGCCACCGGCUGUGGCGGUGUGGUGCUGCCCAGCUCCCGGGACGUCAAAGCCACGCACCUGGAGCCCGUGAGGGCCAUGUUCGGGCAGGUUGAGGAGAAGCCGCACAGCCACCACCACCACGACCACGAGCUGGCGCUGCGCCGCGGCUCCGGGGUCGCCAGCGAGAUCGCCAUCGUCGCCUGGAUGAUCAUCUUCGGCGACGGCUUCCACAACUUCCUCGACGGCCUGAGCAUCGGCGCCGCCUUCAGCGAGAACAUCCUGACCGGCAUCAGCAUCAGCCUGGCCGUCCUCUGCGAGGAGCUGCCGCACGAGCUCGGUGACUUCGCCGUGCUUCUGGACGCCGGCAUGACGGUACGUCAGGCGGUGGUGUACAACUUCCUCUCGGCGUGCACCUGCUACCUGGGCCUGGUGCUCGGAGUACUGAUCGGCGACUUCACAGAGUCGACCAGCUUCGUGUUCGCCCUGGCAGCCGGCAUGUUCCUCUACAUAGCGCUGGUGGAUAUGGUGCCUGAGAUGAACGAGGCGGCCGAGAAGGCCAGCUCUAUCAGCGUCUACCGCGGCCUGCGCGUGCUGCUCGCCCAGAACAUCGGUAUCCUGCUGGGCGUGUUCUCUCUGUUCGCUCUCGCCUACUUCUCCGACAGCCUGACGAUCGGCUGACCGCGGUGGGAGCACGGCUUUAGCAAUACGUCUCGGUGUGGACGCAGCUUUAGUGGCACCGCCGGUGCCAGGCCGCGGCAGGCGGUCCUCUUCCCCUGGCUGCCAAGCAGCCGAGGUUGUGAGUUACGUGAGUUAGACUUAAGUGUCUUACAUGACUGAGUUAUAGCAGCCGUAAGUUUGCCGUGGGUCCAAUAGCAGAUUUAAGGGUUGAUCUGGCAUUUCUAUAUACUUAUCUUUGAAUUCAGUUUACAUCUCUGUAUUAGUUUUUGCCUUGUCACUUAUUGAAGAAACUUAGUGAGAUUUUACCAAGCAUGACAUUUCAAUAGUAUUAAUGGAUGUUGAGAUUUCCCGACGUACUUAAUAGCGUGUUCCCGAUUCCCAUGUUUACAUGAGGAGCCAUGCGUCGAAUCUUCCACAGACUUACAACUGUAACAUAUUGUUACUGUAAUAUUUGUUAUGCAGCAAGAUGGCAUGCCUUAGACUGCUACCUUACCAUGUGUAAUUGUUGGCACCAUAUUCAUCAUUGAGAAGUCAUUUCAAUAUCCAUUUUUUAUCCGUAGAGUACAAGUAAUGGUUCAAAAUAGCACCGAUUUCCAUUUUCAAACGUUGUUAAGACCGGCUAUUAAAACCAUAUCAUGUGGCCUGAAGCCAGGUGUCUCACCCCACGGUGGUUAAAAAAAUUGAAAUUUCGGCACUGACUCGAGAAUAUUCCCUAUUGAGUACUUAGGUUUGUGCUGAGUGCAGUUUUUCCAUCAGCCUCCAUUGAACCCACAUCGGUGGGGCGCCUCAGAGUUGUUCUUCCACGAGUGUGCUGGUUUUGGGCAGUUGCCUAACCGUCCCAGUGCCUAGCGGACUGUUCCCUGUAGGCUAGACGGCCUGGUGCUGUGGCAGGCGACCGGUGUCUGCCAGCCACGCUAUGUGCACAGUAGGGCUCCAGCACUGAACAGGGUCAGGUCGAAAUGUUUUCAUUGUCAGAAUAUGACGUCAAAGUCUGUCCUGAAAUCAGCUAGGCCUAGCCUCUUAGAGGAAUGAAUAUGAAUAUUGUAGUUAACAGGCAUUUAUCUUAUAUCUCUGAUAUCUCUUUUUUAUCAAUGACAUUGAACGCAUGAAUUCCGAAAUCCAAUUGUUUUCAAUGAGCAGAUCUACGAAGCCAGAGGCAACGCUCAGCAUAGCUUGUCGUGUAGACCCUUUCCGAUCGGGAAAAUUCGUUCAUGAAAAAGUCAAACUUGCAUCCAUCAAUUUUGUCGUUGGUUAGCGUCGUGUUGUUCCAGACUAGCCUUAUUUAAUAACGAUAAUGUAACUUUUGUACCGUCGUGGAAUGAUGUGUGUCUAAUGGGUAGCUUGCCGCUACACUGUUAUUCGGAGUUGAUGCUGAUUGACUGGAUGAGAUUUUCACGGGGAAAUGUGGCAGCUCCCGCCUGCCCUUGAGCUGUAUAUUGUAAAGGCAGUAGGCACGUUAUGAAAGUCUGCACAGUGCAGAUUAUGUGUGAAUAGUUUGUGCUGCUGCAACGUAUGGUUUUCGCCCUGUGGCCAGUUUUGUAAGAUUACGUGACGUGAGUGAUUGCGUUACGGGUAUGCAGCUGCCCGUCGCGUGGAAUUUCAUGUUAUUUAUAUGCGUAUUCGUGACACUGAGGUUCUCUUGUGUUGUGUUCGGAGUUAUGUAUAUUUGCUCUGUUAGUUUUAGCAGCGCGGUAUAUGAAAGGACGCGUCCUGGGUCUGAUGACGGAUCUGAACCAAUAUGCACGAUGCAUUGAAGCCUGUGGUGACAACGCUCGAGCUUGUUUGUGCUAAAACGUUUUGUUUUUAGUUUUUGAUAUGAAACUUUUUGUUGUUGUUAGCCUUUCAUUUUGAUCUAACAGUUUUAGCUCUUUUUUUGCAGAUUGAAUAGUCAUUACGUUGGUGGAUAUCUGAAGAACGUAUCAUUGUACUUUUUUACCAAAGUUACUGAUUUUGUUAUGGUUUGUCUACGUUUUGAGGUUUUAGGACGAGGCGCAGGGCAUGAUCCAGCAAGAUUACUUGACUACUAUUAUCCAGUAUUCACUGGCUUUCUCUAUUUUGUGGUAGCUGACUUACACCAAUGUUGUAGACGACUCGUCGCCUCUUUUUUCAAUCGAUGUUUCGUUGCUGGCUGUCUUGGGCAGCAAACCAUCAGUUGAAUCUGCGGCGCAUAACAAAUCGUUCAUUUUAUUGUUGAGCAGUCUGUAAUUUCAUAUCAUGAUUCACACUGGCCUGACCGCUCUGUUUUACGCCCAAUGUAGGCAUUCACGUGCUAGGGUGCGCGUGUUUCUUUUUGCGUUUGCUGUGCGGCGUGCGUGGGUGUUGAUCGGCAUUUGUUGAGAUUGAGAAAUGGGUGCUGUGUUGAGGUUGUUAGCGAUUUGAAAUUGUUCACUUUUGGAAAUCGAUGUAAUAUAGUAGAUCUCUGCAA